CUCGUAAGUCCCAGUCCCCUUAUUAAUGGGUAUGUUUGCUCCUGCACAGUCAACAGAGAGGAGGACGCGGUGUGAAAGCACAGGCACACACUCAACAUGAGAAGAAAGAGCAAAUUAUCUGCCUGGACAAAGCUGACACACAGCUAGCAUGGUUGAAGCCAGAUAAGAAGAGUAACUACAAAUGCUAUUUACUCUGUGAUACGCCUAGCCCAAGGACGUACGAGGAAGGCAAACACAGGAGAGACUGGGGACUAGGUGCAGGCUUUGGAUGGCAUUUGUCAGAGCCAGGACAAUGAUCUAAAGAGAUUUGAACUGGAUAUACUUUGGGAUAUCAUGUCUUGACUACAAAAAGGAAUUAUUUGCGGAUUAGCUGCAGCGGCACGUCAGAAAUAAAGGCCUCUUCUGAUGGAGCACUGUUUAAUCCACUAAACCUCCCUGACAGACCGCGACGAGCUACGGCAGAGGGACGCUUUAUUCACAAUUGAAGGGAUUUAUGGGAUCACAAGUUUCCUCUGAUGAGAUGAGUGUGCGUGCUGGCCAGGGCAGUGAUGAGGUGCUGGUUUCACAGGCAGUGUGGGAUUACCUGGCUGCAGCUGGGCGGCCCUGGCUCAUUGACUUCCAGCACAAGCAGGGGAUGAACGCUGGUAUCGUCAGGCGAGGAGAGAGGGGGGGAUGCUGCGCUGUGAGGCUGCAGCCUGUAGAAGGCUCCAGGAACGGUGGAGCUGGGGUGAUGGAUGGACCCAUCUCCAGCGAGACACGAAAAGCUUUCAUUGACUUAUGCCGCUGUGCCCGCAAAGAAAUGAGCAAACAGGAUGGGGGACCCAAGAGGAAGAGGGCUUUGCUGCCUUGUGUGGGACUCCUGGAACCAAACGGGGAGGGGAGCCUGCUCCAGCCUCCACCUCCCCAGCCUCGGCGCUCCCAGAGACAGCAGCAGAAGUUCAGGAAGCCUGUAGAUGAGGAGGCAUGUGCCAUGCUCCACGAGGCAGCCCAGAGGAAGGACAUUGACUCCAGCUUGGCGUCUCGUAGUGAGGCGGAGGACAAUGGUACAUGUUCAAUAUGCAUGGGAGACAUAGUGGAGAAGACUACCUUGGAGAGGUGUGGCCAUUCAUUCUGUCGCUCUUGCCUGGAUCAAGCCUUUAAGGUGAAGAAAGCGUGUCCUGUUUGUAGGCUUGUGUAUGGCCAGUUGAUUGGGAACCAGCCUGCUAACGGUACAAUGAUCGUAGAGAGAGAUCCUCAUCUGGAGCUUCCUGGCCAUGACGGCUACGGGUGUAUCUGCAUCAUCUACAGCUUCCCUCCUGGCCUACAGGCACCAGAACACCCCAACCCAGGUGUUCGGUACCCAGGAACUGACCGUGUGGCCUACCUCCCUGACAGCCCUGAGGGGAACCGUGUGCUGGGCAUGCUGCGCCGGGCCUUCGAACAGCGCCUUAUCUUCACCAUCGGUACCUCCAUGACUACGGGCAUGCAAAAUGUCAUCACCUGGAAUGACAUUCACCACAAGACCUCAUUAUGGGGCGGGCCCCGCUGUUUUGGCUACCCAGACCCCACUUACCUGGUGCGAGUGACAGAGGAGCUCAGAGAGAAAGGCAUCACGGCCGACUGACAGCAGGAAAAAGACUCUUCCAGGACUAUGUAAGACUUUCCGAGUGUCCUUGCGGUGGACAUGACUCAGCUCCAGGUUGUGCUCUGAGACUGCCCAUUCCUUAAAGGAUGGCUGAAGACGAGGCCCUCAGCAAACAGGCGUCUAAUGCUGCAGCAGAGCCCACUUCCCUCCACUACUUGUUCCUCUGUUUGUUCAUCUUUCCUCCAUAAUUCAGCUUAACCUAGUGCUACAGUUGGAGGAAAGUAGUUUGAGUGCAGUGCAUUCUUGUAUUACACAAUCCUCCACCUGUCACUGUUCGCAACAGGGCCCGUAUCUGAUGCACUUAUUUAAGAGCAUCGUGGCGUGUUGCAAAUCAUGGUACUUAUAUAUUAUUUAGGCCAUCUAAGUUUAAUGUUAUAAAGACAGGCGAUGUUAUAUUAAUGUUCAUUUCUACUCCGGGGAUAACAAUCUUUUUUCCUACAAGCACACAUACUUCGUUUUAUCUCCUCAGAAAUGUUUAAGUUGAUUGUUACUAAUUAUCUGUUGUAAUGAAAGUACUUGUGUUAUCAGGCAGAAUAGCACUGCUUCAAUAGAAAUAAUUUAUUUUCAAGGGUUAUUGCAAUCUUAAGCACUCACAGGCACUUUUGUAAGAGAGUCUUUUUUUCUCAGUGAAGUCAGUCAUAGUUUUUCUUCUACGUGGAAGAGUGCUCAGAGCAAACAGGUCUGUGCGGCUAUCGGCUCUAAGCUCGGUGGCUACAAGUUGAUGUCAAUUGCUUGGAACUCUUCAUUUGCAUUCGAUUUACUUCUCCCCUUCCGCUUUACUUAAAUAGGAAGAAUGUUCAAUUGUCUCAAUGCAGCACCUUUUUUUCUCAAUGUGCAUUUGGACUUUCCCCUGGGUUUUUGCCAUUGCUCACUCCUGUUUUUUCAAGAUGUCUCCCAGGUGUUGAGCACAUUACCUUUAUUGUGGGUAUUGAGUUCAUCCAAUUACCAGAUUUAUGACGAUGUCAAAGAUAAAAGGGCAUAUAGACCAGUCAAACCAAAUCAAAGGCACAAAAGCUCUUUAAUUAUGUAUGCCUCUUUCCCUGUCAAACUGGGAGAUUCGCCAGCUAAUCUUCUCAUUUAACAGAGAACUGUUGUAAAUUCUAAAACGAUAAUCUACGAUACAGAAAAAAAGGAAAAAUGUAUCUGGUUUAGGGUGGGGUAUUGAUCUCAUUUUGUUGUGCCUUUCCUACAUUCACUUUUGAUAAAAAUCUAGCAUGAUGUUACUACUGAAUAGUAAGCAAUUUGGGCAUAUUUCAGUGUUAAUUGAUAGGUAAACGGCAUUAUGUUUGUAACUAUACUAUCUGGCUUUAAGUACAAAUACAAGACAGUUCAUGAAAAUAUGUAUACUAAUGUGUAUUUUCAAUAAGCUUCUCUAUAAAAAACAUCCUUGCAGUCAUAAUGCCGAAAAACCGUCAGACUGGAACAGCUGUAUGUGUGAAAAUGCUUUGCUAAGUGCAGUAACCUGCUUGGCUAGUGAUACAUCUGUCAUUCAUUUGCCCUGUUAGAUCUAUACAUAGAAGACCCCUUUCAUCCAUUUUCAGACCCUUUGUAUUUAAGUUAUGGGACCAACUGAAAUAUUUUUGGGACACAGGAUUGUAGUUCACUAAAGCUACUGUGCAAACAUUUCUAUGCAUUACGUGACUGAGGAGGAGCCAGCAGAAUGGAUCGUAGGAGAGAUUACACAUAUUACAAGUUGAUUGUUGAGGAGAAGUUGGAGUUUUGCUUUUUCUAAUUGUGUUGAUUCGUACUUUGUUGAUAUUCAGAAAAUGUGCUUUACAUUUUAAUACUUGAAUAAAAAGUUAUGUUUGGGUUUGUGUUGGAUAUUCAAUGUAGGACCUAAAUAAAGCAGGUGCAUCACGA